AUGAAGCUCUUCUCUGUUGUGCCAAACCAAGGAUCUUAUAGGGCCACUAGGCAUCAGUUUAAGUUGAUUUUCCAAUUCAGGACCACUGUCAGGGAUGCUAUCUGCGAUUUUAUUCCAAAAUCUGCUCUUACAAUCUCUCCAUUCACUGAACUUUUGGAAACCAAAGAGGAUUCCGAUUUCUUAGUUGUUAUGUUGUGCUAUUUGCUCCUACUUUUUGUUUGGAAUGAUUGCAAUGUGGUAGGUCUGUUGGUCUCUGUGUCGGAAGAGAAAGAAUAUGAUAAAGAUGGAAAGAAGAUGAAGAUGGCUGUGAUGGAACUUGCUGAAAAUGAUUAUAGGAUUCGGUGUGCCUUAUUUGGUGAAUAUGUUGAUGAACUUAAUCGAUUUCUGUCUUCUGGGUGUGUCAGUUAUCCAAGUUCACUUGGUAGAGUUGGACUUCAAAAUGUUAUGUUUGCAUCAAAGCUUGGAUUUAAUCUUGACAUCCCCGAGGUGGCAGCUUUUCAGAAAAGUUCUAUUCCAUAUGGAGCUGGAACUUUUGUUGUACUAGCAAAGAUAGCUGAAAUAGUUGAGGAUGGUAUUUGGUGGUACUCUUCUUGUGUGUGUGGCAGAGGUGUUCAGGCAGAAUCUAGGAUUUAUUUUUGUCAAUUUUGCAACAUCCAUGUUAUAAAUGUGACUCCUAGGUUUAGAGUGAAUGUGUUGGUUGAGGACUCCACUGGUGUUUCUAUUUUUGUCCUCUUUGAUCGUGAGGCAAGUUUCCUACUGAAUAAGACUUGUGCCCAACUGUUUGAACAACAUGUUAAGGAUGUUGAUGUUGUGUUUGGCACACAGUCUCCUCCUAUAUUCCAAGAAAUUGUUGGAAAAACUAUGCUGUUCAAGGUCCUUUGUAGGCCUGUUGGGAUGGAUAAAUUCAAAGGGACUUAUCCAGUGAGGCGUGUUUGUGAUGAUGCUGCAAUAGUUGGAAUGUCUGAGCUCUCUAGUUCAGAUUUGAGUCCUGAAAAGGCUGAGUUUGUACCAAAAGGAGAAGGAUCAUUUGGGGAACCUUCUAAGGUUACCAAAUCACCGAAUUUGGGAUUGACUCCUUCCAGCUUCUCUAAACUCUUUGUUGGUUCACCUCAAUGUACCCAAAAGGAAUCAACUGUUGUUGACAUGGGAACUGAUGAAGAUGCUAAGAAAGUCUAUUGA